GACAGGCGAGAUGGCGUCCAUUUUGGGUAGAGUACACUGAAAUUUUCCAGAGAAUUUCUUCACUGAAAUACGCUUAUACUAUCGCCUAUGAGAACAAAAUUGCAUACCAUGGAGAAGCAAAUAUAUAACAACAUGGGAAAAGUUCCUAACCCGAUUAUGACUGGAACACCUCCACGGGCAGAUCACAAUAAAGUUGCACAUCAUUUUCUACCACGUACCCCUAUAAAUCCAGUUCCAGGACCAAAUGGCGGUACUAACCAUCAUCCUUUGAUCGUAAACCAUCCAAUGCCAUCGCCGCAGCCACAGACGCCACAAAGUCCUGAUCGUGUUCACAACCUACCUGUUGAACUUUUGGAGGCAGGCUGGAGAAGGUUCUGGAGUAGACGAGAAGGCCGGGAAUACUUUUAUAAUAAAUUCACAGGAAAGAAUACAUGGGAUAUGCCAGUAUUGGGAUCGUCACCGCCAAGCUUUCAUGAUCCAUUGGGAAUACAGACGGAUAACCCAGGCAGUGCUCCUGGUCAGGCUGGAAUGAGGCGGACAACGUCCAUGGACGAACACCCACUCAGCCCUACUGCCAUGACAGUCAUGAAUUUCAGAGGUCAUUCAUGGGAUUUCACUUUAUCAACUAAUGCUGUCAUCUAUGAGAGACUGCCUUCGCUGAUGGUACCACCACACAAUGACAUUGAAUUAUUACGUGCUAGGUUAACAGAUAAACUGAGGCAGCACUAUGAGGAGUUGUGCAAGUCCAGAGAAGGAGUGGAUGCACCAGCAGAAUCUUUCAAUGUUUGGUUGUUAGAAAGGAUAUUUAAAGACAAGGGCAAUGACCCUAUGCUGCCCUCAGACUGUGACCCUGCUGUAUCAUCAGUGUUAUUUGAAGAAAUUAUGAAUGAGAUACCAAUCAGGUUGGUUCGAGUACGUUAUUUAGUAGAUGCAAGACAACAGUUGGUUCGCUAUGCUGAAGCUGCUAAAAAGAUGGUUGAGUCAAGAAAUGUACCACCAGAGAGCAGGAAGGUUGUGAAAUGGCAAUGUGAAGAUGUUAUUAAUUGGAUCAGAAGACAGCCUUAUUGUAGUCUAGAUAUGUAUAAGGAACGGCUUGAACAUUUAAAGAAGCAGUGCGGUGCGCAUGUUGUUACUGCAGCUAAACCUUCAGUGGAAGGGAUCUGCACAAAACUGUACAACCAAUCAAAGGAAGCUGUUAAGAAAAUCAAUGAGAAACAAUGGGAGAUAUUGAAAGAGCACCACAUAGCAGAACCUCCAUCUUUGAAACCACCUGCUGUGCGGAAGGUCAACUGCUACCCAGUACAGUUAGUAAUACCGAGUCCUAGACUUCCCACGGUGGAGUUCAGCCGAGAUCCCGGAAUCACUAGAUUACGGUAUAAAGGUGAAAUGAUAGAAGUUAAUGCAAGCUAUAUACAGAAACUUGAUCAACUAUACCGGUUAAAUUGUCACGAUGACAAAUCAUUACAUAACUUCCCCCAGAGAACAUGGUGCUUGCUGAGACGAUAUCAGACUUUCUUUGGAUUAAGUCGUAUUGAAGGGGAGUUUUUGCAGAGGUCGUUGCCUGUGCCCGUCAUGCGAGUCUUACAGGAACAGUUUGGCGUGACGUUUGAAUGCUUUGCUUCACCUUUGAACUGUUACUUCAAACAGUAUUGCUCCCUCUUUCUUGAUACAGAUGGGUACUUCGGCUCAAGGGGGCCUUUUCAAGAUUUCCGACCCAUUAGUGGAUCUUUCCAGGCCUUCCCACCACCUUGUGAUGCAGCAAUAGAAGCCAUGGUGAAGCAUGUGGAGAUGUUAUUGGAGAAGACAGGAGAGCCAUUAUCAUUUGUCAUCUUCUUACCGGACCAACGAAAGAGUUCUAAUCCUGUAGUUGACAAGAUGGGAAAAAGCGAGUUCAAGAGAAAACAUAUUGUGGUUCCAGGAUACGAACAUGAGUUCCGUCAUGGAAUGCAACACUUUAUUGAUGAGAGAGAUUUAUUCAUCCGUUCAACUCAGGCGACUACGAUAUUCUUCCUGCAAAAUGAUACAGCAUUUGAAAAGUGGCCACCAACCGAUGAAAAACUCAAAGCAUUAACCAACGCCUUUAAACCAGAUGGAUAUGAAGCGGCCGUGAAGAGAAAAAAUGAAGAAGAAAUGGAGAGAAAUAAACGACAAAAAAAAGACAGUGAUGGAAAAGAGAAGGAAUCGGCGAAAGAAGACUCCAAAGGAAAAGCCACUGAAGAAACAACCAAUAAUAAAGAUCAUGAAUAUCAUCGAAGUCAGUCUGAACGCGACGAUAGUCGGUUGCCUAAUUCAGAUAAAGGACACGGUAAUCGGCGAAUGAGUGAAGGAGAGGUUUUGAAGUAUAAUCAGCAUGACGAUAGGAAAUACCAUCCAGGAAAUGGGCACGACAAGCACUAACAUGGCGAUUGCAAAGCAUGAUGGGUUUGCAGUCCGUAUUCUUGGUAACCGUCUCACCUUCAAGCAAUUUGAAUCUAAUCGUUAAGUAUUUAAAAUAGUGGAUAUAUCUUCCACAACUUUUUUGUAUUGUGUUGUUAUAAGAUCAUAUCUCAUUUGCCCAUUUUUAAUAAAGAGUAUUCUUAUGUUUGAAUUACUGUCAUUAAUACUAUAUUAUUACUAUUAAACUCAAAUUCAUGUUUUUGAAAGAAACUAUAAAUAUUUAAAAAAAACAACCUUUUGCCUUGUUAUAGUGAUACAACAAUUUUUUUUGUAUGGUUAUUGAAACGAAAGUUUAUCGUACACACAAUUAUUAUUUAUUUCUCAUGGUAUUUUAUAAAUCUAGUAAUGGACUGCUUCAGAUUUUUUCAUUGUUGCAAAUGUUCGUUUGAUAUUUUAAUUUAAAAAUAACCUGGAAUAAUUCAUCAAUGGAUUUGAAUUUAAAGUAAACUUGUGUUUUAUAAUUACAGUAGAACCCCUAUUAAGAGGAAUCAUUCGAGACUAAAAAAUAGGUGUUCCCUGAAUGGGGGUUGGCCGUAGUGUUUAAUGAUAUAUUUUCUCUUUUUGAGUGUUCCUUAAUAGGAGUGUCCCGUUAAUAUGGUUGUCCUAAAGGAGGGGUUCUACUGUACUUCUAUGAUACCAGUCCAUGAAUAUAAGCAAUUUAUAGAGCAAUUUGACUGCUGUUAGCUAAGUUUUAGAUCAAAGUAUUUUUGAAAAUACUUAAUUUAUGUGCACCUGAAUAAUAAAUAUAAAGAUUUAUAAAAUGUUGUUUAGCAACUUUACAUUUUGAUUGGUGAGAUAAUUGCAACAACAGUCUUGGUUCCAAGACAUUUUUACUUGGAUAGAUAUAGUUAUCAAUAUGAUUGAUAAAACAUUAGUUAGUCUAGAUGGAUAUUAUAUUACAUUCAUGAUGUAGUAUAGCAUUGGCACUAGUAUGUAUAAUAAUCAAUGGAAAUAGUAGUUUUCUCAAUGAUCAUGGUAUAUCCUCACUAUUAAAUGAGAUGUGCAUGUUGUAUGUUUUAUCUUGAAAUGUAUAUUAUUCCUGUAAAGAAAAGAUGAUUAAUUCUUGUAAAUAUUGUACCAGAUCUUCAUCAUAGGUUAUUUGUGAAUGUAUCGGUAUGCAUGUAAAUAAUAGAUAAAUUUUUAAUUACAAAUACAAACUUACAAUAAAGUAGAGUAGGAAUAUCUCCCUCCCCCCAUUCUAUAAUACUGUAAAUGACUAAAGAUUUAACUAAUUUUAAUGUGGGAUGAAAAUACAAUUAUUGAUUAGGAAUAUAAAAUGACUAUUACAAUUUUUUUUAGAUGUUAUAAUAAUAGUCUUGAGACUUUUUUUUUUUUAUUACAUUGUAGUAAUGAGAUAUUUCUAGGUAAUUGGAUGUUGUUAACUCAUGUACAGUAAUAAAUUUGGUUGUUUCAUUUGUGAGACAAGAUCUGGUGCUGCUUUUUAUUAAAAUUUAAUUAAAUAUUUCGAUAAUAAUCAAGCAUAGAUUCUCUGCUGUGUUGUGGGGUAUAUUAAAUAUUCCUUUUAGAAUUAACAGGCAAAAUUGCAUGUUUUCACACAUAUUUUGUAAUUUUUUUAGUAAUUUCGUUUUAGUGCUCCUUCCGUUUAGGAAUAAGAUAUUUAAUUAUCUGUUUAAAUGUUUUUCAGAAUCUUUUAUUGGACGCUUACAACAUAUUGUUGCCAUAGUAAUGUUUGUAUUGUUUUUAAUUUUGGUCAAUUCUAAAACAACAUUAAUGAGACAUUUUCUUUAGAUAUUCUCCUAUAUCUGUUCCCUUUUCCUAUUGUUUUUACAGCUUUUUUUUAACGAAUUUUACUUAGCCUAAGUGUAUACUACUAAGGGAAACGAAAUUAGUUUUCAAAAUGAAUUUAAUGUUAUGUAAGUUUUUAGAGUGUAAAUAUUGUAUAAAGAGGACUGUUUUGAUAUAUAUAUUCACAUAGAAUUGUGCUUGCCAUUGUGAACGUUAGAAUUAUACUGCACUCUGCUACGCCUGUAUCACCUCUACCCUUGAACAUAAGUUAACCUGGAGACACCGUGUAGUGAUCGUCGGCCAACGAAUCCGUCUUUGCACUCUGAGCGCUUGAUGAUGCUAUCUGCCAAUUUUCGUUGGCUGUCUGAGCAGACAAUCAUUUAUGCACGCCUUAUCGCUUUGUUUUCCGUGGAACCAUGUUGGUCGUGACCGUCGGUGCAUAGUACGCUCAGCUUUAUAUUAAUGUCCCCGCUAGACGCCAAAAUCGAAUACUACCAUUUAAAUCAGCAAUACUGUUAGCUAUGUGAAAAUGUAGCUGCAGAAAAAUUUUCAUUGCGUUGCAUGUGCUUAUGUAUUGGUAAUAUAAUGGGAAGGACCCAGUUGCCAGUUUUACACAAUAAACUAUUUAUUCAGAACAUUUUUAUAUAGGUUUCUCAUCUUAUAUGUAUAUUGUGGGUACAUGUACUUGAAAAUAUGUUAAUUGUAUGUUUCUACAAAUGUUUGCAUUUGCUAAUUGUAAUUGUUAUGCAUUUUAUUAUCGAGCUUAAUAUAAUAGAUGGAAAACAUCCAAUGAAAGAUGGUUUAAUGUUUAACCCAGGUUUAAUUAUCAAUUGAUUGGUUGAUUAGUUUGUCUUAUUUAAUGCAUAUCAAUUCAAUUAUAGUUUCUAUUUCAUAAUGUAUCCGAUUGCUUAAUUUUGAUUUCUUGUGGGCUGAUAAAUACUAUGAGGGCGCUAGACUGAUUGUUUAAAAUAUCCUUAUAAACACAUUCUCAAAAGGAGAUUAUGGACCUUUCCGCAAAGCACCGCACCUUGGAUAUUGCGGCUAAGGUCCCACGUAAACUUACAUAAAUAUACGUGAGUUGAUGACACAAGCUCGUCAUCUUAGUGAUGUUCUGAUUGGUCAGUUAAGUUUGAUUGACAUGCCGGAAAGCCAGCUCUGCCUGCUGGUAAUUUGUUAUCGAUUUUCCCACAGAUUAUUUUUGUGGGAGAUUGUUUUCCAUUUAAUUUGUUUAGUUGACGGUUCCUAAAUUAUUGUUGGCGUACUUGUAUUUAGAUACAUGAUCAGAUUUGAAUUGAAAAAAUACAAUUAAAAAAAAGGACCGAACAAA